GGAUCAAUAUUACAUAAUGAAAGCAAUAACCUGAGAUCACUUAAGGUUCAAAGCAUCAGCAGAGGAGAUGGAUAGAAAGGAGGAAGGCAACCAGAAGAGGAAGGAAAAUGCAGGUCUAGCAUGUGGAGAUAAAAUCGCUGCCAAGCCUCUGGAAAGAGAAAGAGAGAGAGAGAGAGAGAGAGAGAGAGAAAGAGAGAAAACCCGGACCCAGGAGAAAGAGAAACUGUCAGAGAGGCAUGGGAAAAGAAAGGAAGGAGGGUGAGAGUAAGUGAUUUUGGACAAAAGUGAUGAAUGAAUGAGGCGAAUCACACAGCUCUGCAGACAAGUGAGACACAGUUAUUUAUUCUGAGCCAAAACAAACGAUUCUAGAGUUCAUCUGGAGUCAUCCGGAGACGACACUAAGGAUGAGGACACCGUCUACACUUAUGACUUUAUUUUCUACCUCUUCUACACCAUCCAUCCUCCACCAGAACAUGAAGAUGAAUUCCUCUGAACAGCCAAGUACCUUGCUGAACAGCAGCACCUGGCCACCCAUCAGCUCUUCAGGCUUAGGGCUGUCCUGCCUCAGUAUGACAUUUGGUGCCGUGUCCAACCUCACCGCUCUGGGCAUCCUAGUUAAGUCCCGUGUCCGCUUCCGCCGCCAAUCCAAAACCCCAUUUCUGCUAUUAACAGUGGCUUUGCUAAUGGCUGACUUCGGAGGUCAUAUGAUCCCAGGGGCCUUUGUCAUGUAUUUGUAUAAACAGGAAGAGAAGCAACCCACAUUCUGUCAAAUCUUUGGGGCGUGUAUGGUGUUUUUUGGCUUAUGCCCUUUGCUGUUCGGUUGUGCGAUGGCAAUGGAGCGCUGUGUGGCCAUCGCCAAGCCCUUUUACCAUGCUACUGUUAUUACAGUGACUCAUGCGCAACGAGUUGUAUUAUUUCUAGCCUCUCUUGCACUGAUGCUGGCAGUUCUACCCUUAUUUGCUGUAGGGACUUAUUCUGCCCAAUUUCCCGGUACAUGGUGUUUCUUGCCGAUCCAUGGUCCACAGUCUACAGCUGACACCCGUCUGGCUCUGGCCUUCUCAGGUCUGGGCCUCACUGCACUCACUCUUUCCCUGCUGUGCAACAUCCUGAGUGGUGUGGUACUGCUGAAGGCCAGAAUAAAUCGCCACAAUGUCAAUGCAAAAUUAAAAGCUCGCUGCACCUGUUGUCCAUCUUCUGCGUCAACUUCCUCCGUGUUUUGGUCGUUGGAGGUGGAGAUGAUGGCGCAACUGGCAGCGAUCACUGUGGUUUCCUGUGUGUGCUGGAGUCCCUUUCUUAUCCAUAUUCUUGUGAUGAAGUUGAACCGAAGCCCCAGAGAUUCAACUGACGUACCAGAUGGGCUCACUCUUCUGUGCUUACGUAUGGCCUCCUGGAAUCAGGUCUUGGACCCCUGGAUUUACAUCUUACUGAGGAGAGCAGUGAUUUCCAGAGCUUGCUGUGCUUUCUACCCCCACAGACCCAGAGUAACAGCUGAUGGCUCAUAAGCAGGCAGACCUUCAGUCUGCAAUAACCAUGUUGCUCUUGGACUUUUUCUCUUACGGACUGCAAUAAAUUAUUUCUUCCAUGUGUGUUGUGACAAAUGUAAGCAUGUCAAAGUUUGCUGUGUUAUUUUCAACAGGGCUUAUGAGGCCCAUGUUCAGUAAGCAAAGAGUGCACAAACCAGCAGUGUGAAUAACAGAUAGAUACGGACUUUCACAACAUUUCCCAACAUUGAUUUAGUAGUCUGUGCCGGUGCUACUAUCAAUUGCAGCCACCUGCGAAUCGGGUGGCUGGGCAAUUGGGCGGGGUU